AUGAGGCAAGCCUGCGGGGGACAGCUCAUGUUCAACAUGUAUCUCUCAGAUCCAACAGAAAAUCUGUUGAAAGAAAGUAAAGGAACGUCCUGGGGUCCAAUAAAUACAGGAGUGCAAAAAGGCAGUGGGCAGAUCCAGCUGUGGCAGUUCCUCCUGGAGCUCCUCUCUGACAGCACCAACGUGUCGUGCAUCGCCUGGGAGGGCACCAACGGGGAGUUCAAGCUCAUCGACCCGGAUGAGGUGGCCCGGCGCUGGGGCGAGCGCAAAAGCAAACCCAACAUGAACUACGACAAGCUGAGCCGCGCGCUGCGCUACUACUACGACAAGAACAUCAUGACCAAAGUGCACGGCAAGAGAUACGCCUACAAGUUCGAUUUCCACGGCCUGGCGCAGGUGUGCCAGCCCUCCACCACCGAGCAGGCCCUCUACAAGUUCCAGGGGAACUUCUCCCCGAUCCCCUUCUCGGGUUUCUCCAAACUGAACCUGAUGGCGCCCGGGGUGGGGCCCUCGGGCUUCUCCUACUGGCCCGGUUCCCCUCCCGCGGCUCUGUAUCACAGCCACAACCUGCAGCCUCCGGGGCCCAUUGGCACCGUGUCUCCUUCCCACAUCAGCUGCGUGAACAACAUCAACAGUCUGAGCAACAUCAACACGCACCCCUACAACUGACUCACGGAACCGAGGGGGGCGCUGGGGCCCACAGGGCGGCUUUGGCUGAUGGAAACAUCGAAUUUAGCGGCUUCAUCCCUUAAUUGGCACUUUCAGGCUAAAGCCCCAGUUUAUCCAGAAACUAAGCUGCAGAUUUUCUCAUGGAAAGUGUGGUUCAAAUUUAAAACGUUCUUUCUCGACUCGUCCGGUGCGCAAUAACCUGCUGCUGAACACAAGCAAGCAAGAGACCCACAAACACUUGUACAAUUAAACCAGAACAUCUUUAGUUACUUUUCUUUUAUAUGUCUGUGAGAUGUAUUCUUUUGUCCUGCAUUAGGCUGUGGAACGCACCACAACGUCUGAUUUUACGCACAGCGCAUGGAAUCCGUUACGCGCGGCAUUUAGACAAAUUAACUAAAAUCAUAAACAUCUUUUAAAAAAAAGUGCAUUUCUUAAUUAUAGCAACACGUUGAUGAACUGAAUCAGAAAUUAACAUUUUAAACGAGGCGCGCUGUCUU